GAGUCCGCCUUCGGCGUGCAGAGGCAGACUUCCUUGUGGGUGCCUGCCGUCGUUCCAAGGGCGCACUAACUUGGACAAGUUCCUGCGAUCCGUACCCUGCGCGGGCUGCGUCAGAUGGGACUCGAUGGACCUUCGGGUCGCUCCUCCCCACUCUGCUGGUACAUAGUAUCGACAUGCUGCGAUGCUGCACCCGGAUGGAUCCCACUUCUUUGCCCACACGCCCAUCGCUUUUUAUCAACCUUCCACCUCUCGACUCUUAUAUAGACCAUGCCUCGUCCCGCCCUCCUUCUUCGGCCAUGACUCUCUGGCCCACCUAAAUACCGGCUUUGCUCCUCAAGUCCUGUUCUCUCAGUAAAGGAGUCUGAGACUAAAGAAAAACAAAAAUCUACUCUUCAACUUGCGACGGACUUCUUUCCACACACGGCCCGUCCCUUAAUACCAAUAUCUACUACCGAAGCGCCGUGGUCCGAGUCUCCUAUUACGCACAGUUUCCUAUAGUAAUACAUCCCGGAUUCACCGCCUACCGCCGUCAUUUACCGUCCCGACUCCCGACUCCCGACUCCGACCCCGACUACGCGAUCGUCGUCGUCUCCUCAUCCCUUCCGCCCCCGUAGCCUCCGGCAGGCACUCCACCAGCCUGCCGCAGCCAUGUCGUAUUCAUGGUUCGGGGCCCCUACCCCUUUCAAUGGCACGACGCCCAACGGCGGUGAUUCCGCCUCCGAAAACCUCAACCAAUGGUACCAGUCAGGCGACCAGGCUUUUAUUCUAGUUGCAUCAUGCAUGGUCCUCAUCAUGAUUCCCGGCAUCGCCUUCCUCUACUCCGGCCUUGCCCGUAGAAAGUCAGCUCUAUCACUCAUUUGGGUGUGCAUGAUGUCUUCCAGUGUUGUCAUGUUUCAAUGGUACUUCUGGGGCUACUCAUUGGCGCUCAGCAGCACAGCGACCAACGGCUUUAUUGGCAACCUGCGACACUUUGGUCUCAUGAACACACUCGGUGCACCUUCUCCCGGCUCUAAUCUCAUUCCUGAGCUACUCUAUGCUUUCUACCAGAUGCAAUUCGUCGGCGUCACCGCAGCCCUUGUUGUUGGGGCCACCGCCGAACGCGGUCGCGUUGUCCCAGCAAUGGUCUUCAUCUUUAUCUGGGCAACACUGGUCUACUGCCCUCUCUGUUGCUGGGCUUGGAACGUCAACGGUUGGGCCUUCAAGUACGGAGUGAUGGAUUAUGCUGGUGGUGGUCCCGUCGAAAUUGGAUCCGGUGUCUCGGCUCUGGCUUAUUCUUGGGUUCUCGGCCGACGUAACGAGAAGAUGAUGCUCAACUUUCGCCCACACAACAUCUCCCUGAUCACCAUUGGUACGGUCUUCCUUUGGUUCGGCUGGCUCGGCUUCAACGGCGGAUCUGCUUUUGGCGCCAACCUUCGCGCCGCCAUGGCGUGCUGGAAUUCGUGUCUCACAGCCAUGUUCGCGGCCAUGACCUGGACCCUUCUCGAUUACCGUCUGGCCAAGAAGUGGUCGCUCGUCGGCUGGUGUUCCGGUACCAUUUCGGGUCUCGUCGCCGCUACUCCUGCUUCCGGUUAUAUCCCUCCUUGGGCCAGCAUCAUUCUCGGAGUUGUUACUGGAAUUGUUUGUAACUUCGGCACUAAGAUCAAGUUCAUGAUUGGCAUCGACGACGCUCUCGAUAUAUUCGCUGAACACGCUCUUGGAGGCGUUGUGGGUCUGAUCUUCAACGGUUUCUUUGCUGCCGAUUACAUCAUUGGCUUGGAUGGCGUCAACCAGGAAAUCCCCGGCGGCUUCCUCAACCACAACUAUAAGCAGUUGUACAUUCAGAUCGCCUAUGUUUGCGCCACAAUGGGAUAUUCUUUCGUCAUGUCUGCUAUCCUCGCCAAGGGCGUCGACAUGAUCCCAGGUCUACACCUCCGCGCUUCCGAAGAAGCCGAGCUCCUCGGCAUGGAUGAUGACCAGCAUGGCGAGUUUGCUUACGACUACGUUGAGGUUCGCCGCGAUUACCUGGCAUGGACACCAGCAGAGAAAGAGCAGAGGCAAGACGGCGACAUCAUCGUCCCUCAGCACGGCAUCGAAGGGCAUCAGGAGCUGUUGAGCAGCUCUCGCCACGGACCCACCAUGUCCGAACUCCCACACCAUGAAGAGGAGGAUCCGCGAGAGAAGAGGGGCUCGACCUCAGAAUAAUCUACAAAAGAUGUCGACGUCGAAUUAUGCGACUACGCAACGAAAUUAUUUUCACAAGCGACUUUUGGGUUUCUGUUUUUGUUUUUGGGAAUGCAUAGAACUAUGAGUUUACGGGGCCUUGGAUGAGAGAAUGUGGAAAACUGAGGAAGUCAAGCGCGGGAUGGAAGGUUUCCCUGCCUGCGCGCGCGCCUGGGUAGAUUUGGGCUUCCAACAAUACCUCCUUUUUAGGCUUUUUCACCCCUAUGUUUGUUUAUUUCAACGGAUGUUACCGUCACACGGUGUUUGAUGGAUACCGAGUUUAUCCCCCGGAUGAUGAAACCCGGGCUGGCAUAUUGUUAUUUUUUGUAUAAUACCCCAUCUAACUGGCGAUGUGAAAGCAGGCAUGUUUCUGCCAUAUUCAGCGUUCAAAGUCCUUGGUCUUCAGAUCUGCUCCGUUGUGCUUGUUUCCAUGUCCCGUUGGUUGCCAGCCUAGAUUGGGUGAUGGCUUUGUACCACCUUUGUACAUACCAUGUUCGUUAUCUGGUUUUCGAUUUCCAUAUUUUAUUUUUAAUGGCCUCACUUGUUGAUGCCCGCAAUUUCCGAGCCACCGGUAACGGACCUAUGAGCCCGACUC